AUGGCUAGACUAUCCUCGUCAAGUGGAGAUUCAGAUGACGAAGUACCUCUAAGGGCCAGGCACCAGAGAUCUGGUGCUCGAAGGCCUUUUUCAUGGUUACGUGAAGAUUCAGAUGAACAAGUUAGUUUGAGGCCAAGGCAUAAGAGAGCUCGUGUCAGACGUUUUUAUGAGGAAGAAACCGAAGAGGAAGAAGAGGAAAGUGAUGAAUAUGGAGGAGAAGAGGCUGGAGAGGGAAGUGGCGAAUAUGGAGGAGAAGAGGUUGGAGAAGAGGAAAGAGACGAAUAUGGAGGAGUUGGAGAAGAGGAAAGAUAUGAAUAUGGAGGAGAAGAGGUUGGAGAAGAGGAAAGAUAUGAAUAUGGAGGAGAAGAGGAAAGAUAUGAAUAUGGAGGAGAGGUCGGCAGAGAAAGGGAAGAAGAAAGAGACUUCCUUAAUCAUAUCGAAGGGGCAGGGGAAGAGGAAGAUCCAAAUAAUGAAGCACAAGUACAUGAACAGCAGCAGGAUGGGUCUCAAUCUCAUGUUUCCAUAACCCUAACCGACCCAGAAUUGUUUGAUUGCCCUAUUUGCUGUGAGCCCUUGACCAUCCCUGUCUACCAAUGCGACCAAAACGGGCACAUAGCUUGCUCCUCCUGCUUCGCAAAGAUUAACAACAAAUGUCCCUCUUGUUCCGGGUUCAUUGGAUUCAGUCGUUGCCGCGCAAUCGAGAAGGCUCUUGAAUCAAUCAAAACAUCAUGCCAAAACAUCAAGUAUGGAUGCAAUCAAUCUUUCACUCUCCAUAAAAAGGUUGAACAUAUAAACGCAUGUGUGUAUUCACCUUGCUCUUGCCCCCAUUGCAACUUUGUCUCUCCAGAUAUUGAGUUAUACCAACACUUCAGAAUCAGCCAUGCGACUUUCGCAACGCAAUUCAAGUACAACUGUUUUUUUUCUGUUUCGUUGAAUGCCGAAGCAAGCUUUCUUGUUCUUCAAGAAAAGAAUGAUGAUACAUUAUUUGUCCUCAAGAAAAAUUAUGUUGAAGAUGUAGGAAAUUCAGUGAAAGUUACUUGUAUACAACCCGGCUUCAGGAAGGGCUUCUUAUAUCAGCUUCAAGCGAAAGCCAAGAAAACGUCUCUCAAAUUGGAGGCCUUCACAGAGAGCACUCCAAGCCGGCAGGCAAUUGAUAAUCCUAAAACAGGGUUUCUUUUAAUUCCAUGUGAUUUUAUCAGUCCUGGUGGCCAGCUCAAGAUGGAAAUCUGCAUAGAGUGUUUUGAGAUGUAUUAA